CUGGCCUGUGAACCAGAGCGACCCCUGCUAGUUAUCCGCCACCCGGCGCUGAUCCAAACAGAUCCUCCCUCCAUGUUCGCCUGGAAAUUUCCAUAGGAAAUGAAGCCACGCAGCCUCACACUGUUCACAACAACCAUUCUCCUUUGCCUCAGCAUGGUACAGCCUAGAAUAAAGAGAAAAGUAACACCAAAACCUGGGUACUGCCCGGAGUUUUUUCUUCCCUGCCCGUUUGAACUGUUACCCGUAUGCCAGCAUGAUAAAGGGUGCAAGGGCAUCAAAAAGUGCUGUUUCUACUACUGUCAGAUGCGCUGUGUGGAGCCUUGGACAACCACGUUUUGA